GGGAAUAAGAACACUUCAAAGAACAUCAAUACAUCUGUAAAAAGUAUGAUUUUCUUUGAAUCUGUAGAUAUCCUUAAUGACACUGAAAGCAUUGAUCUACAGUAUUUUAGGAAAUAAUACAGUUUUAGAGGCACAGAGUUCCAAUUUGCGUUCGAAGGAACCUAUUUGGGUAAAGAUAUUGACCUUCUUGCACAGGAAAGCUACUUUACAAUUGAGAUUAAGCAGUAUAUUGUUAAUGAGACUACUGGAGAAUACAAAGAGAUUAAAAUUGAUCCAAAAAUCUGAGGAAAUGACUUUCAGUACUCAGACCAAGCUGAGGUUAGUAUAUCCUUCUUUACGUGUGCUUACAAUGCUUUUCAAAUGAGCCAUUUCAGGAUCUAUAACGCCCAUCGAUGAUCGUACUUGCCAAAUACCUUCUCUAUAGAUGAAAAUAAAAGUGCAUAUUUCCAGUCUGAUGAGCCCUUUCUAACCUUUGAGCAGUUGUAUUAAACUAG